AUGUCUGAGGAGAAGGUACUUUCCGGUACUAUAACCAAGGAGAAAGAUGUUUUUCCUACUUCAACUGCUGGAGACAUAGAUGAUCAUGAAGUUGAUUUGAGGGUUGUCACUUCGAAUCAAUUCUCAAUUAAUGAGGUUGCUGAGUCCUUGACAGCUGAACAGAAGUUCAUAAUUUUGAAAAGAAUGCAACUCGAUCACUUGGUCGCUUUGAAUGACUUACCAGUACUGGCAACUUUUAUUCUCGACAAAGUUGAAAAGAUGAACGAUACGGAAGCUUUGAAUAUUUUGAAAGAUGCAUUAAUUGAACAUGAUAAUGAUGCAAACUUUUCCUCAGAGCUUUAUGAUUUCAUCCAAAAGUUAGUUGACCAUGCGGGAGAAAGCACAGGGUUGACAUCUAUACAAUCUAAAACCAAUUUUGACGAAAAAAAUGGUGGUUUGAAUGAGAAAUCGUUUGAAGUCAAUAGCAAUGAAAAGUCUGAAAAUAUUGAAGCCAAUGCUGAUGAUUACUUUAAAGACAUAUUUGAUUGGUCAUUGCAAGUUAGAACUGAAGCUGUUUUGAUGGCCUAUUGGUCUCCGUAUCCAGAAGUGAGGGCAGCGACUGACCCUUAUGACGAUCCAAAUGAACAUUGUGAAACAGUGAGAGCUUAUAUUGCUGGUUUGAUCUGGGUUGGAAUCAGUUCAUUCGUAAAUCAGUAUUUUGCCCAAAGAAUGCCUCCCAUUACGUUACCUGCCGCCGCUUGCCAAGUUUUGGUAUAUCCAACUGGUGUUGCGUUGUCUUACUUGCCUGAUUAUAAAAUUCCUCUUUUCAAAGGGUAUUCCAUUCGUACAAGCCCUGGUUCAUGGACUACCAAGGAGCAAAUGCUUGCAACUAUGAUGGUUUCAAUCACAACAACCCCUUACAUUGAGGGUCCUUUAUAUGCUCAAAGGAUGCCAUCAUUCUAUAACCAAAAAUGGGUCACUUGGGGUUAUGAAGUUUUGUUAGGUAUAUCUACUCAGUUUGUUGGAUUUGGUUUAGCAGGAAUAGUAAGAAAAUUCUGUAUCUAUCCUGCGAAAUCUUUGUGGCCAUCUAUUUUACCGACAAUUGCAGCAAAUAGAGCUUUUUUGGUUCCAGAGAAAAAGGAGAAUAUAAAUGGAUGGACUAUUUCUAGAUAUUAUUAUUUCUUUGCGGUGUUCGCAUUCUCCUUUGUCUGGUUCUGGUUUCCAGGGUAUAUAUUUCAAGCCCUUUCGACUUUCAACUGGAUGACAUGGAUCAAGCCGGAUAAUUUCAACUUGGCAACCAUUACAGGUUCUUACAGUGGAUUGGGUCUUAACCCUAUUCCAACCUUUGAUUGGAAUGUGAUUAAUUUGUGGGCUUUACCAUUGACUUAUCCAGCAUUUAAUACUGUAAAUUCAUUUAUUGGAGCCGUAGUAGGUCUUUUCGCCAUAAUAGGCGUUUACUACUCCAAUUAUUAUUGGUCGGCAUAUUUACCCAUUAACUCAUCGGCAACUUAUUCGAACACUGGAGAAUCGUAUGAUAUCCAGCAAAUAUUGAACUCUAAUAAUAAGCUUGAUGAUAAGAAAUACCAGGCAUAUGGCCCGCCAUUUUACACAGCUGCAAAUAUAGUACUUUAUGGUUGUUUUUUCCUUAGUUAUCCAUUCACUAUAUUUUAUGUUUUCUGUACAAACUGGAAGGAUAUCGUAUUUGCAAUGAAGAGUUUAUGGUUGUCUUUGAAAGAUUUUAGAAGAUCAUCUUUAGCAGGCUAUAGCGACCCUCAUUGUAAAAUGAUGAGUCGUUAUAAGGAAGUCCCUGAAUGGGUUUUCUUAAUAGUUUUGGUCAUUUCGAUUGUUCUUGGUAUUAUAUGUGUUGAGAUAUAUCCUACGCAAACUCCAGUAUGGGGUAUUUUCUUCACCAUUGCGAUCAAUUUUGUAUUCUUGAUUCCAUUCACAGUCUUGUAUUCCAUUACUGGUUAUCAACUUACAAUGAAUGUUUUGGUAGAAUUGAUUAUUGGAUAUGCCCUUCCUGGUAACCCAAAUGCUCAUUUGAUUUUAAAGUCCUUUGGUACUCAGACAGAUAUGCAAGCGCAGGAUUAUAUUUCCAAUCAAAAAAUUGCUCAUUACGCAAAGAUUCCUCCUUGGUCGGCCUUUAGGGUCCAAAUAUUAGCAACUUUCGUUAAUCUUUUUAUUAGUUUGGCUGUCAUAAAUUGGCAAGUCGAUAGCUUUGAAGGUUUAUGUACAGCUGAUCAGGCUCAGCACUUUACUUGCGCAGCAGAUGCACAAAUUUAUUAUUCUGCGUCGGUUAUUUGGGGGGUUGUUGGCCCUAAAAGGGUUUUUGACGGCCUUUACCCUAUCUUGAGGUGGUGUUUCUUGAUUGGUCUCUUAAUGGUCCCUCCGUGUUAUUUGGUCUUUAGAUUGCUUCCAAAGGCAUAUCGUAAAUGGUGGCAACCAACGAUUAUGAUUGGAGCAGUUUUGAACUUUUUUGCACCAUAUAAUUUGAGUUACAUUACCCCAGGUCUCUAUCUUUCUCUUCUUUUCAUGGUUUAUAUUAAGAACAACUAUUUGCCAUGGUGGGAGAAAUAUAACUAUCUUACUACUGCCGGUAUGACUGCAGGGUUAGGUUUAUGUUCAGUGGUUUUAUUUUUUGCCGUUCAAUAUCAUCCAAAGGACGUUAAUUGGUGGGGUAAUAGCGUACCUUAUGCUGGAAUAGAUGGUGAGGGAGUGGCGUCAUUAAAGAGCCCAGCUUCUGCUCCUGGUGGCUACUUUGGUCCCAGGAAAGGUCAUUUUCCAUAG